AUGCGUCUUCAGACUAUCCAACAGAGGGAGCCUGCAGCCGGUUACCGAGGGCUUCCACACCUGCCGUUGGAGUUCUACUUUGGGAUGUUGAAGGGCUAUUUCCAGUUACUCGAAUUCUUGGAUGUAGAAAAUGACGAUAUCAUGGAGUGGUUUGACGAGCUUAUUGCUCUAAAGCCACAGUUCGAGACACAUCUCGGCUCUAGAUCUGAAAUCGUUCACAAACCUGACUUUGAGUCAGGGUGUGUUCGUGUUCUGAGGGGCCGACAGGACCGCCUGACGCGUGCGGAGAAAACUGCCCUUGGUCCUUUCGCAAAGCUGGCCGUCGACGCAACGGUGGAAUCGGACGACGAAGAUCUUUCGUUUGUUGAGCGACUUCGCAAGCGCCGCCGGAUUGUCGAACCCUCUGUGUCCUACGAGCAGCUAAAGACGAUUCCACCAACGUCUAACGUGGUGGAACGCUUUUUUAGUGUGGUGAGGGUGACAUUUGGCCACCAAAGGCACGGGUUGCUACCUGCAACGCUGGAGAUGGUCUUAUUUCUCCGUGAGAACCGUGGUUAUUGGGAUUCAAGCACGGUCAACAGCAUCAAUUGA